ACCCGCUCUUGUAUAUUUAGGACCUCCCAAACCCAUCUUCUUCUGGUGUUAACACUCCCUAUGACUACCUAUGACUACCUAGAUCUAUCAUCAUGAAACUCGAAAAACCCGCACCGGAGGCAGCAGGCUCAUUGCCGCACGACUCAGUGCUCGCCUCCUCUGCUUCCAACUCCAACUCGGAUAAUAAUGCCCGCCCGCCAUCAUACCACGCCGAGGACCAAGAGCCGCCGAACCAGAUCCCAGAGGACCUCAGCGGAAGGCUGCGCAAUUUGAAUCUUAGCCAGCCCGCUGGGAUCCAGACACCCACCAGCGACCAAUUGAUUGCCCACCUUAAACUUCUUGAAGCGUUCUGGAGGUUGAAAGACGAGAUCGGCAAAUGGGACGGUCUUUUUGAUAUUUCUGACCCAAGUGGUGAGCUCGCUGAAGAUGCAGCUGCCAGAGCCAAAGUGUGCGAGAAGAGAUGGGCUGUCUAUGUAGCGCGAGCCGUCGACCGCUUCGAAGCCUGGUGGACUCGAUGCAUUCCGCAGUCGAAGGGCGGGCGGGGAGGCGGGAAACUGCGACUUAUCAAUCUGAUGACCGACAAGUCAAUCCAUCUCGUUGCUGGUGAAGGGCAGCCACUGGGCUAUUUGACAGACCGCAAUCACCUUCCGCCGCUUGAUGUCAUUAUGGUCUGGCACUCCUUUUUGCUAAACCCGCGAUGCUUUUUCGAAGACUGCUUGCGCCUCGGAAAGAUGGAUUUCUUUGCCACGGGAAUGCCCUGGGGCGCCAUUGAUGCUCUUAUUGAUCCCGUCACUUUCGACUACACACCCGGCGACGAAGCCAGAGGGCACUUCGAAGGCAUGACCGGAUGUCUCUGGGACAAUCUUCAAGACCCUCUGACCAAGACACUGUAUUGCCCAGCUUGCAAUCGCAAUGUCACAGUGCCCUGGACCGCUCGAUGUGGCUACAAUGGCUCAUCUGAGUUCGAGUCUGGGAAUGGUCUAGCAGACAAAGACUUCAUCGCUGUAUGCAAAGGCUGCAAGUUCACCCUCACACACGAAGCCCUCCGCGUCGCGAAAUUCCGUCGCGAUACUCAGGCCCUUCUUUUCGAAGACCUGCCACUUCCGGGCACAGUUCUCCAAGUCGAUGGCGCUCCGAUGAAGCUUCGUACUGUGGGCAAAAAUGUACUUCCCGAAUGCACGUUCCCUUCAUAUCUCGUCACCGCUGGCCUCAGCGGCACUAUCAUGGAGGCUACGGAUCCUAAAGCGAACCCCUUCUGUACAGUCAACUCAAUUAAGAGCAUCUUCGAGAAAGGCGUAACGGAUAAAAAUCUCGUCAAGAAAAUUAAAAGUGCCUCCCUCGUCUAUCGCCACGAGAAAGUUGCCAUCCGCCGUAUGAUGUCGCGUUACUGGUUCAACUACUCCCCGUUCGCCCUAGAUCUCGCCGGCGCCGUCAUUCGCCAGGGAUCUUUCGUCGACAAAAUGCACGCCAUAGACUGGCUGCACUCGCCCGCCCUCUCUGCAACCAUGUCCCGCUGCCUCACCAAAUACUCGCGCUUCUUCUCGAUUAUGGCGCUAAACCCGAGCAAAGUCGCCGUCCCGACCCUCGACGUCGACCUCGCGUGGCACACGCAUCAAACCGCCCCAGCACUCUACUACCUCUACUCUCAAACCAAAACCAGCAAGCUCAUCGACCACGACGACAAGAUCGAAGAAGGCGCCCUCAACGACGCCUUUGUCUGGACCUCCCGCACCUACCAAAACAAAUACAGGGAGCCCUACAGCGAGUGCACAUGCUGGUACUGCGAAGCCGUGCGCGAGACGCGCAUCAGCGGCUUCUCGAAGCUCUUCAAGAGCAACAACUACCAGACCUCCGAGAACGUCCACGAUAUCCCAGGCAUCACAAACGAUCCCAACACGGCUCCGCAUAUCAGCGCGCACAAUGUCGUGCACGACUCCUCCAUCGUGACGAAGAAUAAGAAUAGGGUCAAGGCCGCGGGUAUGGAUGCCGCGUACCAUUCGGCCUGUGCGCGCGCGCGGAAGAAGGGCCGUCCGGAACCGAGACGCGAUGACUAUUUCUACUAUUAUGCGUGGGGAUAUCCGAUCAUGUAUCCGAUGUAUAUGCCCUACUAUGUCGACCCGUGUGUUGGCGGUGCGGCGGGCGCUGGGGUCUACUCUUGUGACUACGGCAACGUUGAUACGAGCAGCGGAGUUGUGGGGUCGUGUGCUGCUGGGACGUGCGGUGGUAUGGCAAGCUUUGGGGGCGGAAGUUGUACAGCUUCUGCAGGAGGCUGUGGGGGAGGAGGGGGAGGAGGCGGCUGCGGAGGAGGCGGUGGAUGUGGUGGUGGCAGUGGAGGCGGUGGAUGUGGUGGUGGCGGUGGAGGAGGAGGUGGAGGGGGAUGCGGUGGUGGUGGUGGAGGGGGCUAA